GUUUCUUUUCUUUCUUCUUUUCAUUCUUUUCAUUUUUUUUUUUUGUAUAUAAUAGAUUUGAUAUAUAUAUUUUUAUUAUUAUAUAAAUAAAAAUAUAUAUAUUUAUAUAUUUAUACCAUCUCCUUUACAAUGAAUCCAUCAUCCAUUCUUACCUGCACCAAUACAACUCAAUUAGCGGAUUUUUGUGCUUUAGCUGUACCAGCCAUAUGGGGACCUAUCAAACAACAACAACCUAUGAAACGAACCAUCGCAUUUAAACAAUUUUGUCAAAAAAUAAUUAAAGCAACUCAAAUCUCUUGUGCUUGUGUUGUACUUGGAUUAUAUUAUAUUCAUCGAUUACGGUCUGCUUAUCCUUAUAUUCAUGCUUCUAUUGGUUCUGAAGUCCGACUAUUCACCACUGCUCUUGUUUUGGCAAAUAAAUAUUUAGAUGACAAUACAUUUACAAACAAGACAUGGUCAGAAGUAUCUAGUAUCCCUGUUUUGGAAUUGAACAUUAUGGAAAUGGAAUUUUUAUCAGCAUUACAUUAUAAUAUUCAUCUACGUCAUGAUCACUUUUUUCAAUGGGUUCAACAAUGUCAACAAUGGAUUCCAACAAAUAAUAUGAUAUUACAACCCAGAUCUAUCAAAGUACCAAUCUCUUUUUCUGAUCGUUCAUCAUCACCAACAUCAACAACAAAAACAACUACUAUAACAUCAUCACCAUCUUCAUCAUUAUUAUUAUCAUCACAACAAGUAUAUAAACCGAUUACACCAUUUAUGCCACCUACACCUUCUGUUUCUACUCCUAAUUUGAAACGAUCCUAUCAUGAUAUUGUGGAUGAUCAUCAUCAAAGCAACAAGAAACGAUCAAACUAUCAUCCUACUAAAAUGAUGCCUUAUACACCACCAGAAUCAUUUCAACCCAUUCCUAUGAUGGAUUCCUUACAUCAUUCAUCUUAUCCAACGCCUACAUAUACCAGCCAUGACUAUCCUCCGAUAUUACCAUCAUCAUUAUCAACAUCUGUCAUGAAUAACAUUACUACAUCCACGAUCAAUGAUUGCUGUCGUCCUAUUUUAAGCUGGUCUUCUUCAUCUUCUGCUUUGGCUUCUUCACGUCAUCGUAUUGGUUCUUCAAUGUCAACUUCGGCUUUAUCGGCUUCUGGUGCUGCACCUCAUUACUCUACUUCUUUACUGGCAACAAGGGUACAAUGUUUGGAAAUUGAUUAAGUGAUGUGUCCCACCUGACCUUUUUUUUUAUAUAUAUAUAUUUCCCUUUUUAUUAUUCAUACUAGUUAGUUAUUAUUAUUUUUUUUUUUUGGGGGGGGGAAAACGAUGAUGAAAAUGGAAAGGGGGAAUCUCUUCCUUUUUGUCUUUCUCUCCCACCCCACCCCCUUACUUUUUUUUUUU